UAGAUUUGCACUUGCAGUCAUAGGAACCCUUCUGAUUCCUCGUAAAGCAAAAAAAGAAAAACCCUAAGGACAACCACUCUCAUUUUCAAAGUUCAAAACUUGAAAAAAAAGAAAAGAGAAACAAAAUCUAAUCAAUUACACUCUUUCUCUCUCCAUAAUUCAUUUCCCCUUUUAUUAAAUUUAAUUAGAAAAAGGUAUCCCUAUUCUUGGGAACCCUCGACAAGCAAUCAAAUCCCCUUUUUUUCCUCCUUGAAAAAAACACCAUAAAUUCACUUCUCAAUUCCUUUGAAUUAGGGUUCCGUUUUCACCUUCUUGCUUAAACCCCCAAUCGCCCCUAAUCCCCCGCUUAAUACCCGUUGUUCCCACUUUCCCGCCAACUUUGACCUUUCUUUAGGGCCGUUGAUUUCUUCCCUUUUUUCGAAUUCGAACCGUUAGAUUAGAUCUGCUCUCACUCGGUCAAAGCUUUGACUUUGUAUUGCCCGGGAAUGUCGGGGACUGAAAUGGAGAAGAAGGUGGAGGAGGAAGAGAAGAAAGGAGGAGAGCUGUUGUUUUGUGGUUCCACGUGUUGGGAUGUCAUUGGUCGGCGUAAAGGUGCUGUUGAAGGCAACUUGGUCUCACCUACUCGCCUCCGUCCUUUAGUCGGUGUUGACAUCCGGUUCGUUGCCUCCGGUUGCUUAUCGUGUCAUUGUGUUGCAUUGGAUGUUGAAGGGCGGUGCUACACUUGGGGUCGCAAUGAGAAAGGGCAACUGGGUCACGGAGAUACAAUCCAGCGUGAUAGGCCAACUAUAGUUUCUGAACUCUCGAAGUAUAAGAUAAUCAAAGCGGGAUCGGGAAGGAACCAUACCGUCGUAGUUACGGAAGAUGGUAAUUCCUUGGCCUUUGGCUGGAAUAAGCAUGGACAGCUUGGUUCAGGUUCUACACGAAAUGAAAUUGAGUCAUCUCCCGUCCGUUGUCUUGUUUCUCAAGUUACACAUACUGCCUGUGGAGCAGACUUCACUGUGUGGUUGUCAUCGGUUGAAGGAAGUUCUAUAUUAACAGCAGGGCUUCCACAGUAUGGUCAGCUUGGCCAUGGAACGGACAAUGAGUACAAUUCUAAGGAUAGCUCAGUGAAGCUUGUUUAUGAACCCCAACCACGCCCUAGAGCUAUAGCUACUCUUUCUGGGGAAACCAUUGUAAAAGUUGCAUGUGGGACAAACCAUACAGUUGCUGUCGAUAAGAAUGGCUAUGUUUACACGUGGGGCUUUGGCGGCUAUGGAAGGCUUGGGCACAGAGAACAGAAGGAUGAGUGGGCUCCUCGCCGUGUUGAUGUAUUCCAAAAACACAAUGUUCUUCCUCCUAAUGCGGUUGUUUCAGCUGGUUCUGUAAAUUCAGCAUGUACUGCAGGUGGUGGGCAGUUGUAUAUGUGGGGAAAAAUAAAGAAUGCUGGUGAUGACUGGAUGUAUCCUAAACCACUCAUGGAUUUAAGUGGCUGGAACUUACGUUGUAUGGAUUCAGGCAAUAUGCACCAUUUUGUUGGUGCAGAUGCCUCUUGCAUAAGUUGGGGCCAAGCUCAGUACGGAGAGUUGGGAUAUGGUCCCAUGGGACAGAAGUCUUCAGCAGUUCCGAAAAAAGUAGACAUUUUGGAGGGCAUGCAUGUUAUCAGUGUUGCAUGUGGUAUGGGCCACUCGAUGGUCAUUGUUGAUAGAGAAAAUGUCGGCGACCGUCUUGAUCAGCUGGAUGUUUAUGACGGCAAAGCUACUGCUGAAGGGACUGAGGUACCUGAUGCCAAUGCUACGUUUCCCAAGCAAACUAACAAAAGGGGUGCCAAGAAUACUUCCGAUUCUUUGAAGAACUCGAAGAGGAAGAAGUCAAAAGAUUCAUCUGAUUCAGAGGAUGAAGAAGAGAACAGUGAUGUUGAGAGUGACAGCAGUGGAGAAUACAUAAAUGGUAAGGCUCCUGGCAAAGGCCGAGGUAAGGGUGCUAAGAAAUCCACUUCAGGUGGAAAAGGUACUGGACGAGGUCGUCCUUCUACAAACAAAACUCCGCAGUCCUCUGGAGGAAAAACAGGUAAGAGAGGACGACCAAGGAAGUCGCAAGUGUGAUAUAUUCCUGGUCAGUAUGGGAAAAUUUUGUUCUCUCAUUGUAGAGAAGUGUACUUUUUUCUUGCAUACAUUGACACCCUGUAUUUGGAGUUUUUAACAAGACUUGUUUUUCAUUUUGUUCCUUUCAUCCCAACUAUGAUACUUGAUGAAACAAACAUGAAGUAGCACUUCAAUUGUUUUCUUUUA